CGCCCCAGUGUCCCAAGACCCCGCCUCCCCGUGGUUGGGGGGAAAUGCCCCUACUCUAGGCCUAUUCGGGUUGCGCGGGCGGGCCAGCUUGCCGCGGGGAGAGUGAGAGCUCUCGAGGCCGCUCACGGGAGGAUUUUCACAAGAUGUAUUUGAUAGAGAACUCUCUGAGUGGUGUCCCCCCAGGCCUACAGCACCCUGGGGGCACUUUGCUAAAUUAAGACUCUCCUGCAGAUGGAGGAACUGGAGCAAGGCCUGCUGAUGCAGCCGUGGGCAUGGCUACAGCUUGCCGAGAAUUCCCUCUUGGCCAAGGCUUAUAUCACCAAGCAGGGCUAUGCCUUGCUGGUUUCAGAUCUUCAACAGGUGUGGCAUGAACAGGUGGACACUAGUGUGAUCAGCCAGCGAGCCAAGGAGCUGAACAAGCGCCUCACUGCUCCUCCUGCGGCUUUUCUUUGUCAUUUGGAUGAUCUGCUUUGCCCACUGUUGAAGGACACUGCUUGCCCUGGCAAAGCUACAUUCUCCUGUGAUCGUGUGGCAGAGGCGCUGAUACUCCGGGUGCGGAGUGAGCUCUCUGGUCUCCCAUUCUAUUGGAAUUUCCACUGCAUCCUAGCUAGCCCUUCGCUGGUCUCCCAACAUUUGAUUCGUCCUCUGAUGGGCAUGAGUCUGGCACUGCAGUGCCAGGUGAGGGACCUAGCAACAUUGCUUCGUAUGAAAGAUCUGGAGAUCCAGGACUACCAGGAGAGUGGGGCUACGCUGAGCCGAGAUCGGUUGAAGACAGAGCCAUUUGAAGAGAAUUCCUUCUUGGGACAGUUUAUGGUAGAGAAACUACCAGAGGCAUGCAGUGUUGGUGACGGAAAACGCUUUGUCACAAAUCUACAGAGUCUGUAUAUGGCAGUCACCAGACAAGAGAUCCAAGUGGGACAGAAGCUUCGAGGCACUGAAGAUCCCCAGACCUCAAGCAGUGCCUCCUCACAAGGAACUGAUAGCCAACUUCUGAAUCAGCCAGAAGAGCCGGACUCCUCAGCACCGUCCCUCCCAGUGCCUGAAAAAGAGCCCACAGUUACUUCAGGCCCUACGCAGAGACCUCAGCUGUUGAAGGUCAAGAGGAAGAAGCUAAGGGGGCUCUUCAGUUAACCUGUCACUGUCUCAACUGCUGAGGAUGGACUCAGAGAGUAGUUUCCUAGUGUCACCUUGAAAGGAGGUCCUGUGACAGCAGCAUCUCUGACACAGAGUUACACAGUCAGGGACUCCACUGUAAGGGCAAGAUAACUGAAGUUCAUGUUGACAGGCAUGGAUACUAUCAACUGAGGGAAUCCUGACUCCAACCCAUCGGGCACUGGCCUUCCCUGUCCGAGUGGAAGCCAAUCUCUGGGAAUCCCAUACCCUCCUUUCUUUUGGUGAAGGCUCUCUAGACCCAGGAUCUACCAUGGACUUUAGGUAUAUGGGGCAGGUCUGCAGAAAGGCACAGCAUGCUUAGGAAGCCUUGUCUACCUUUCUUAAGAGUCCCUAGCCAGUCCCAGGUGUUCCACAGAGACCCUCUCCUCUCUUUAGCAUGGAAUAAAAAGCACUCACACUC